AUGACUAACGAAACUACAAGAAUACAAGAGAAACUUCAAGAAACUACAAGAAUAAGUCUCCUUGUAAAAGUCAACGGCGAAUCAGAUGGUCCGCUCCGUGACCAUGGUUCUGAUGGUCCACUUAGUGACGAUGGUUCUGAUGGUCCACUUUUUGGCAAUGGUUCUGAUGAUCCGCUUUGUGGCGAUGGUUCUGAUGGUCCACUUUGUGGCAAUGGUUCUGAUAAUCCGCUUUGUGGCGAUGGUUCUGAUGGUCCACUUUGUGGCAAUGGUUCUGAUGGUCCGCUCCGUAACGAUGGUUCUGAUGGUCCGCACCGUGACGAUGGUUCUGAUUGCCCGCUUUGUGACGAUGGUUCAGAUGGUCCACUUUUCGGCGAUGGUUCUGAUUGUCCACUUUGUGGCGACGGUUCUUAUGGUCCGCUUUGUGACGAUGGUUCAGAUGGUCCGCUCUGUGACGAUGGUUCUGAUGGUCCGCACCGUGACGUUGAUUCUGAUGGUCCGCAACGUGACGAUGGUUCUGAUGGUCCGCACCGUGACGAUGGUUCUGAUGGUCCGCACCGUGACGAUGGUUCUGAUGGUCCGCACCGUGGCGAUGAUUCUGAUGAUCCGCUCCGUGACGAUGGUUCUGAUGAUCCGCUUUGUGGCGAUGGUUCAGAUGGUCCGCACCGUGACGAUGAUUCUGAUGAUCCGCUCCGUGACGAUGGUUCUGAUGGUCCGCUCCGUGACGAUGGUUCUGAUGGUCCGCUCCGUGACGAUGGUUCUGAUGGUCCGCACCGUGACGAUGAUUCUGAUGGUCCGCACCGUGACGAUGGUUCUGAUGGUCCACUUUGUGACGAUGGUUCUGAGACCGUCACUCGUCUUGACGGACAGCACCAGGCCCAUGGGCUAAUGCAGUCUAGUUGUCAUUUGGUCUCUGAUGAGAACCUUGUCGCCGCACUUCAAGCGUCGUCUUGGAGUCUGCCAUUUAUUUAUUCUUUGGAGCUCACUCAAAUAGACCCGGUGAAACUUGAUCCGAGAGAUGCUUCACUCUACGCCACUGUCUUGGACCGAUCGGGAUGGUGA